AUAUCUCGAGUGCUAUUGGUCUUACUGUACGUGGAUCAAGCUUCGCACACAUCUUUACUAGGCCCCUAUGCAUGUGUGUGGAAAAUAAUCCCAUAAUGGGAUUGAUUCCGAAGUUAUAGUUAAGUUCGCAAACGAGGCAGUGAGUAGGCAAGUUUAGUAUAAUGUUUCAUUGCUGAAAAGUUGUGACCCUUAUUACACAAUUCGCCGUUUUGUUUGUUUAGGCUCUGUUGAAGUCAUGUGCCUAUCGAAACGGGAAGUCCAUGACGAAACCACCUGUGUGAAAACAUUGCCCGUAUAUAAUGCUCUGCAUGUAGUGGAAUUCAUUCCUCAGUAACGAUCGACAGGCUGUGCAUUGAUAAUAGCUCGAUUGUCCAUGGGAAUUUGCCACGGAACAUGUCGUGGGAACUCGCGUCGAAUGUUUCAGUUCGUGUUCGGUUUGAGCUACUAUUAUCGGUCGAUGCCCUCUCAGUGACGGCGUUGUCAAUGGCGACUGAAAUGUGGACUUUCGUCCUGACGCCAGGGAGAGGUUGAGUUGAAUUUCGAUGUGAUUCAAGUUCGUCAAGUGCUCAGGUUAAUAUCAAACUAUCAAUGGGUAGUCUACGCAGUAGAUUGUUGCAUACAUCCAGUCGGGGGUACACUGACAUGGCGUCCACCGAUGGUUGGGAAGAUGAUGUGAUAGAAUCCUUUGGAUGCCACCUGAGCUGGACCGAGCUGCGCCCUGUGGUUGCAGACCGACAGACUCUCAGUCGAGAGGAAGGCAUCAUUGCCAGGGAGGCCGAGGAGUGGGACUUCGACGACCGCCCCACCUACUACACGGCUACUCGAAACCUGCAGGGAUUCAUCGCCUACCAUCUCGACAAGCACGACCAGGCAUUGGGGUUCUUUCGAAACGUCUUGGACAAGGACGCAAACAACGUCAACGCUCUGGGAAACCUGGCUUUCAUCCACAAGAAGCUGUGCGAGAUAGAGGAACACAAGGUCUACCAGGGGAGGCUUGUUUGUGUUCUGAAAGAGGCCAGUUAUACCGAGCGAGCCAUGGCCUAUGCGGAUAAGGCCUUUGCUAUUCGCUACUUCGAGCAGUUUAAGCGGUGCUUCCGGUACAUGAGGUACAUUGAGAGAGCUGCGACCAUUGGUAGAAAAUGCGAAUGCCCGCAGAGAGCAGAGUGGAUCUUUGACCACGCCCUGGCUUUGUACCGAAGGGACAUUCAAAUGCUGUACCUCAGAAAACUUGCCAAGGAAGCUGACUUCGUGCCUGAGAAUUCUGAGUGUUACUCAGAUGAGCGGAUCAGGGAGGGAUUCUUAAAGGCCUGCCAAUUUUUCCUGGAGGUAGCACGCACAAGCAUCUCUAUAGAUUACAAAGCUCUGUCUUGGGUGUUUCUUGGCAUCCUUGUCAAUCACGACCCCGAGAACAGAAGCAUGGCAAUGGCAUUCCCUGAUGAACCAGACCUCCAGCACUACACCGCGGCACAGUGCUACAAAAAAGGUCUAGAUAUCCACCCAGAACAUUACAUUGUUCUCCGCAGGGUAGGUUCUGAAUACGUCAAGCUAGGACGCUUUGAAGAAGCCAGACUUUUGCUGGACAAAUCACUCAGUAAAAGCCCGUCACAAUUUGGGUAUAGACACCGUGCACUCAUGUUCCUGGGUAUGUUUGAAGCAGCUGACGACGAGGACAGAAGGACAGGGCAGGCGAGACAGUGGCUCCCAGAAGCUGUCAAAGACCUCCACAAGGCUCUCGAAAUGAAGGAGUUUCACGCAGACUACUCAGACCUGGGAUAUGCUUACUUUCUCCUCGGGAAAACCGAUAAGGCCCUGGUCAAAUUUGAACGGGCUACAAACAGUGAGCAAGACGAUUACUUUGACCCGGUGUUGACCCAUCAGCGAUGGGCUCAAUGUCUGGAGAGGAAACACCAGUUAGAAGGUAGCCUUCUCCAAAAAGAGGAAGCCAAAAACGUCCGAGAGAAGAUCCUUGAAACACCCCUCGGGGAGGAUCAGUCGGACUACUUUAGCGACGACUUUGACCACUACAGCACCAAAGAGAAAACUGGCUUUGUUCGAAUUCUCCAAGACAAACACUUUGGUGCAGAUUAUUCCAAGAGACGCACCAGUGAACUGAAUCCGCCGGAAUCGCUGGACUCAUCUUCCAACAGGUCACGGUACCGGUACGACUUCUUCGUGUGGCACGCGGAGAGAGACAGCCGGUGGACGGUGGCGUUCGUCAACAAGCUGGAGUCAGAGCACGGGCUCUUGGGCAGCAUCCAGCGGCGAGACUUCACCGUCGGCAUGGAUAUCCCCUCGGAGAUCAUACGAUGUCUGAGAGAGAGCUACAAGUUUGUCAUCAUCCUUACGCCUCCGGUUGAGAGCCAGGAGUGGUCGUACACAGCACUCGUUCAUGCCGAGAGGGAGAACAAUAAGAGAGGUGGAAAGUACAUCCUGCCGAUCAAGCUUCGAGAAUGCACUCUCCCUAACCUUCUUGAGCCUUUAACGCCCCUGAAGUGCGAAGAGGGUCAGAUUCUUACGAAACAAUGGGAUGAACUGGUGCAGAACCUUACCCAGAAACCAUAGUAUGUCUACAAUUGUAUCAAGCGUAAGUUGUCUCCAAAACAUAAGGUCCCACUGAUUUAUAAUGAAAGCCCAAUCAAUAUGUGACGAAGUUUACUAUGACGUGUAAUAAUACAUUAUUUAUUAAUACAUUUGAAGAACCUGCAUCUAUUAGAGGAACAUCAAAGUAAACGUUUAAUAUCUUAAACCACUCUUUUCCUCGUUGAGGGGUUUUGGGUUUUUAUACCAAAGAUUUUAUUCAUUAUUUAUUACAGCCAAUAUAUUUUAUGUUAAUUAAAGUUUGGGAAUUAUUAUUUUUUUUUAGCAGGAACCGUUUUUACGCAUAACGGGAGCUUUUCAUGCCUAUAUAAGAGUAACCUGUGCUUGAAAUUGACUCGCUCCAAUCUGAAAUGUAGUUUAUACUCUUGAAUUUGAAUGGAGAAGGCAUUCUUCUAUUAUUUUUGGUUGUUCAUUAUGUAAUUGACUUACGAUUGACAUGACUGUAACUUUGCUCUUAUCUCUUCGAGUCUACCGCCCACCAUUACAUAAUUAUAUUAUGUUAACUGUUGGUUUGGUUUGGUACAGGUUUUAAACCGUUGAUGGUAUUUAUUUAUUCAUUCAUUUAUUUCAAAAUCUUUAUAAAGGAUACAAAAUAUCAGCUCAAAGGCUUUUUACAUUAUGGUUCAUGGUAUACAUUUGGUCCAAAGAAAUAGCACAUCCUGGUAUGCCAUAGUCAAAUUCAUUCCACUGGUGGGCAACCUAUAUCUAAUAUACAUUUGCAUUGUAAUGCUGUGAAAGUCACAUGGAUCUGAAUCCGAUCCGCAAUUUCCUUCCUUUUUAAAAUCUGAUAAAGUUCCAUUCUGUGGCGGUAAGGGUGGGGAAUAGGACGUCUAAUCAAGAUAAAUCCAUGUUUCAACUUUCUCUUCAGAUUUUGGGCCUCUCCCCUACAUCUGACCUGUAUUAAAGUCCUGCUCCCCAAAACAAUGAUUUAAUUUUACAACAUAUUUUGGUGUAGGACUGAGUGGACAGUGGAGUUCCGGUGUUGCUUUUUGUCGUUGACCAGGUCAAUUUGAAAGAGUUUUGAUAAAACAAUUCGAAGACUUGUACAAUGAAGUGAAGCCAAUUUUGUGGGAACCUUAUCUUGAUAAACGGUAGUUGAAUAUGUUCUUUACGUGUGUAGCAAAUAGAUAUUCUUUUUGCGUUUGAGAAAAUGUAGACGUGUGUCCCUCGAAAUACUUCAAAGACAUUGAAACCUAAAUAUGACAAGGGCCCAAUUCCAAGCUAUUUUUUUUUUUUAGAAAAUUAGAAAUGUUGAUGUUGAUGUUUAUUUAGUUUGGGGACCCUUUUUUAGCACGAUAAAUGGUAGAUUUUUCUGGAACGGCAAGUUUUUAAUGCCGAAGUUAUGUAUUUAGCAAAUUCUGCCUUUGAAAUUUUCGCCCUCGAAUCUGAAAUAUUGUGAUAAAACUCUUGAAUUUGAAUGGAGAAGGCAUUCUUUUGUUUAAUGUUGAAUUAGCGUUUUUGUGAUUGACUUCUGAUUACAUAGACCUAAUACACGGCUUUCAUCUUUUGGAGUAUUUUACGAUUUCGUAUAUGUUACUGACUCAUUGUACACAAUUACUCUUGGCUUGGUACAUGUUUUAAAACCGAUAAUUUUAAAAUUUUUACCAAAGACAAAUCACAUCCUUGUGUGUUGAAAUCAAAUUCAACCCUUUUUGGUGGCCCACAUGCAUCUGUUGUUUGUCUGCAUUGUGUACCGUGAAAUUGACAACGUGGAUCUGAUUUCGAUCAGUUUCCUUCCCUUUUAAGAUCUGAUUAAGUUCCUUUCCUGUGGUGUUAAGGGUGAGAAUCAGGAAGUCUAAUCAAGAUAAAUUCAUGUUUCAGUGGCCCCUCAGACUUUGGGCAUUUCUCCUCCAUUUUAUCUUAAGGGUGAGUCAAAAACAAAGCGGAACCCAAACCUCAUAAAAUAUAUUUCAUGUUUAAAAAAACUA